AUGGUUCGCUAUUUUGAUUCUGUAAGUUUGAAAGUUUUAUGUCGCUGUUUUUCUCCUUCUCCCUUUUCUCUGUUUCUCUUCUUUGUCUAUCUGUUUCUCCUUCUCUUUGUCUAUCUGUUUCUCCUCCUCGUUGUCCGUUUGUUUUUGUUUCUCCCUUUUCUCUGUUUCUCCUUCACUUUGUCUAUCUGUUUCUCCUUCACUUUGUCUAUCUGUUUCUCCUUCACUUUGUCUAUCUGUUUCUCCUUCACUUUGUCUAUCUGUUUCUCCUUCACUUUGUCUAUCUGUUUCUCCUUUUGUGCUGACUGCCUGUGUCUUCCUCUCUGCCCUUUUGUCGGCCUGUGUCUCCUCUGCUCUUUUCUGUUCAUAUCUAUCUAUCUAUCUAUCUAUCCCAGUCCCAUCUAUCUAUCUAUCUAUCUAUCCCAGUCUGUUCAUUAUCUAUCUAUCUAUCUAUCCCAGUCUGUUCAUUAUCUAUCUAUCUAUCUAUCCCAGUCUGUUCAUUAUCUAUCUAUCUAUCUAUCCCAGUCUGUUCAUUAUCUAUCUAUCUAUCUAUCUAUCUAUCUAUCUAUCUAUCUAUCCCAGUCUGUUCAUAUCUAUCUAUCUAUCCCAUCUAUCUAUCUAUCCCAGUCUGUCUCAGUAUUCAUCUAUCUAUCUAUCUAUCCCAGUCUGUUCAUAUCUAUCUAUCUAUCUAUCUAUCCCAUCUGUUCAUAUCUAUCUAUCUAUCUAUCUAUCCCAGUCUGUUCAUAUCUAUCUAUCUAUCUAUCUAUCCCAGUCUGUUCAUAUCUAUCUAUCUUCAUCCCAUCUAUCUAUCUAUCUAUCUAUCUAUCCCAGUCUGUUCAUAUCUAUCUAUCUAUCUAUCUAUCCCAGUCUGUUCAUCUAUCUAUCUAUCUAUCUAUCUAUCUAUCCCAGUCUGUUCAUAUCAUCUAUCUAUCUAUCUAUCUAUCCCAGUCUGUUCAUAUCUAUCUAUCUAUCUAUCUAUCUAUCUAUCCCAGUCUGUUCAUAUCUAUCUAUCUAUCUAUCUAUCUAUCCCCAGUCUGUUCAUAUCUAUCUAUCUAUCUAUCUAUCUAUCUAUCCCAGUCUGUUCAUAUCUAUCUAUUCAUCUAUCUAUCUAUCUAUCCCAGUCUGUUCAUAUCUAUCUAUCUCUAUCUAUCCCAGUCUGUUCAUAUCUAUCUAUCUAUCUAUCUAUCCCAGUCUGUUCAUAUCUAUCAUCUAUCUAUCCCAGUCUGUUCAUCUAUCUAUCUAUCUAUCCCCAGUCUGUUCAUAUCUAUCUAUCUAUCUAUCUAUCCCAGUCUGUCCCAGUCUAUCUAUCUAUCUAUCUAUCCCAGUCUGUUCAUAUCUAUCUAUCUAUCUAUCCCAGUCUGUUCAUAUCUAUCUAUCUAUCUAUCUAUCCCAGUCUGUUCAUAUCUAUCUAUCUAUCUAUCUAUCCCAGUCUGUUCAUAUCUAUCUAUCUAUCUAUCUAUCUAUCUAUCUAUCUAUCUAUCUGUUCUAUCUAUCUAUCUAUCUAUCUAUCUAUCUCUAUCUAUCCCAGUCUGUUCAUAUCAUCUAUCUAUCUAUCUAUCUAUCUAUCCCAGUCUGUUCAUAUCUAUCUAUCUAUCUAUCUAUCUAUCCCAGUCUGUUCAUAUCUAUCUAUCUAUCUAUCUAUCUAUCUAUCCCAGUCUGUUCAUAUCUAUCUAUCUAUCUAUCUAUCUAUCCCAGUCUGUUCAUAUCUAUCUAUCUAUCUAUCUAUCUAUCUAUCUAUCUAUCUAUCUAUCUAUCCCAGUCUGUUCUAUCUAUCUAUCUCUAUCUAUCAUAUCUAUCUAUCUAUCUCCCAGUCUGUUCAUAUCUAUCUAUCUAUCUAUCUAUCCCAGUCUGUUCAUCAUCUCUAUCAUCUGUUCAUAUCUCUAUCUAUCUAUCCCAGUCUGUUCAUAUCUAUCUAUCUAUCUAUCCAUCCCAGUCUGUUCAUAUCUAUCUAUCUAUCUAUCUAUCCCAGUCUGUUCAUAUCUAUCUAUCUAUCUAUCUAUCUAUCCCAGUCUGUCAUAUCAUCUAUCUAUCUAUCUAUCUAUCCCAGUCUGUUCAUAUCUAUCUAUCAUCUAUCUAUCUAUCUAUCCCAGUCUGUUCAUAUCUAUCUAUCUAUCUAUCUAUCUAUCCUAUCAUCCCAGUCUGUUCAUAUCUCUAUCUAUCUAUCUAUCUAUCUAUCCCCCAGUCUGUUCAUAUCUAUCUAUCAUCUAUCUAUCUAUCUAUCUAUCCCAGUCUGUUCUAUCAUCUAUCUAUCUAUCUAUCUAUCAUCUAUCUAUCUAUCCCCUAUCUGUUCAUAUCUAUCUAUCUAUCUAUCUAUCCCAGUCUGUUCAUAUCUAUCUAUCUAUCUAUCUAUCCCAGUCUGUUAUCUAUCUAUCUAUCCCAGUCUGUUCAUAUCUAUCUAUCUAUCUAUCCCAGUCUGUUCAUAUCUAUCUAUCUAUCUAUCUAUCCCAGUCUGUUCAUAUCUAUCUAUCUAUCCCAGUCUGUUCAUAUCAUCUAUCUAUCCCAUCUGUUCAUAUCUAUCCUAUCCCAGUCUGUUCAUAUCUAUCAUCUAUCUAUCCCAGUCUGUUCAUAUCUAUCUAUCUAUCUAUCUAUCCCAGUCUGUUCAUAUCUAUCUAUCUAUCUAUCUAUCCCAGUCCCAGUCUGUCUAUCUAUCUAUCUAUCCCAGUCUGUUCACAUCUAUCUAUCUAUCCCUAUCCCAGUCUGUUCACAUCUAUCUAUCUAUCUCUAUCUAUCUAUCCCAGUCUGUUCAUAUCUAUCUAUCUAUCUAUCUAUCCCAGUCUGUCCAUAUCUAUCUAUCUAUCUAUCCCCAGUCUGUUCAUAUCUAUCUAUCUAUCUAUCUAUCCCAGUCUGUUCAUAUCUAUCUAUCUAUCUAUCUAUCCCAGUCUGUUCAUAUCUCUUCAUCUAUCUAUCCCAGUCUGUUCAUAUCUAUCUAUCUAUCUAUCUAUCCCAGUCUGUUCAUCUAUCUAUCUAUCUAUCUAUCCCAGUCUGUUCAUAUCAUCUAUCUAUCUAUCUAUCCCAGUCUGUUCAUAUCUAUCUAUCUAUCUAUCUAUCCCAGUCUGUUCAUAUCUAUUCAUCUAUCUAUCUAUCCCAGUCUGUUCAUAUCUAUCAUCUAUUCAUCUAUCCCAGUCUGUUCAUAUCUAUCUAUCUAUCUAUCUAUCCCAGUCUGUUCAUAUCUAUCUAUCUAUCUAUCUAUCCCAGUCUGUUCAUAUCUAUCUAUCUAUCUAUCUAUCCCAGUCUGUUCAUAUCUAUCUAUCUAUCUAUCUAUCCCAGUCUGUUCAUAUCUAUCUAUCUAUCUCAUUAUAUAACAUAAGAAGCCAAGUCAUCAGAAACAAUAUAGGUUCCAAGCUGGAACACUCUCCGGAUCUCUCUCUCUCUCUCUCCGUCUCUAUUGCGCCGCUGAUCUCUCUCUCUCCCCGUCUCUAUCACGCCGCUGUUCUCUCUCUCUCUCCGUCUCUAUUACGCCGCCGAUCUCUCUCUGUCCGUCUCUAUUACGCCGCCGAUCUCUCUCUGUCCGUCUCUAUUACGCCGCCGAUCUCUCUCUGUCCGUCUCUAUUACGCCGCCGAUCUCUCUCUGUCCGUCUCUAUUACGCCGCCGAUCGCUCUCUCCUCCGUCGUCUCUAUUACGCCGCCGAUCUCUCUCUCCCUCCUCGUCUCUAUUACGCCGCCGAUCGCUCUCUCUCCUCCUCGUCUCUAUUACGCCGCCGAUCGCUCUCUCUCCUCCUCGUCUCUAUUACGCCGCCGAUCGCUCUCUCUCCCUCCUCUCGUCUCUAUUACGCCGCCGAUCGCUCUCUCCCCCUCCUCUCUAUUACGCCGCCGAUCGCUCUCUCUCCCUCCUCGUCUCUAUUACGCCGCCGAUCGCUCUCUCCCCUCCUCGUCUCUAUUACGCCGCCGAUCGCUCUCUCUCCCUCCUCGUCUCUAUUACGCCGCCGAUCGCUCUCUCCUCCUCCCUCCUCGUCUCUCCCUACGCCGCCGCCGAUCGCUCUCUCUCCUCCUCGUCUCUAUUACGCCGCCGAUCGCUCUCUCCCCUCCUCGUCUCUAUUACGCCGCCGAUCGCUCUCUCUCCUCCUCGUCUCUAUUACGCCGCCGAUCGCUCUCUCUCCCUCCUCGUCUCUAUUACGCCGCCGAUCGCUCUCUCUCCUCCUCGUCUCUAUUACGCCGCCGAUCGCUCUCUCUCCCUCCUCCUCGUCUCUAUUACGCCGCCGAUCGCUCUCUCUCCCCCCUCGUCUCUAUUACGCCGCCGAUCGCUCUCUCUCCCCUCCUCGUCUCUAUUACGCCGCCGAUCUCUCCUCCUCGUCUCUAUUACGCCGCCUCGUCUCUCUCUCCUCCGCCGCCGAUCGCCGAUCUCUCUCCUCCUCGUCUCUAUUACGCCGCCGAUCGCUCUCUCUCUCCCUCCUCGUCUCUAUUACGCCGCCGAUCGCUCUCUCUCUCCCUCCUCGUCUCUAUUACGCCGCCGAUCGCUCUCUCUCUCCCUCCUCGUCUCUAUUACGCCGCCGAUCGCUCUCUCUCCCUCCUCGUCUCUAUUACGCCGCCGAUCGCUCUCUCCCCUCCCUCCGCCGCCGAUCUCUCUCCCUCCUCGUCUCUAUUACGCCGCCGAUCGCUCUCUCCCCUCCUCGUCUCUAUUACGCCGCCGAUCGCUCUCUCUCCCUCCUCGUCUCUAUUACGCCGCCGAUCGCUCUCUCUCUCCUCCUCAUCUCUAUUACGCCGCCGAUCGCUCUCUCUCUCCCUCCUCGUCUCUAUUACGCCGCCGAUCGCUCUCUCUCCCUCCUCGUCUCUAUUACGCCGCCGAUCGCUCUCUCUCCCCUCCUCGUCUCUAUUACGCCGCCGAUCGCUCUCUCUCCCUCCUCGUCUCUAUUACGCCGCCGAUCGCUCUCUCUCCUCCCUCCUCGUCUCUAUUACGCCGCCGAUCGCUCUCUCUCUCCUCCUCGUCUCUAUUACGCCGCCGAUCGCUCUCUCUCCUCCUCGUCUCUAUUACGCCGCCGAUCGCUCUCUCUCCCUCCUCGUCUCUAUUACGCCGCCGAUCGCUCUCUCUCCCUCCUCGUCUCUAUUACGCCGCCGAUCGCUCUCUCUCCCUCCUCGUCUCUAUUACGCCGCCGAUCGCUCUCUCUCCCUCCUCGUCUCUAUUACGCCGCCGAUCGCUCUCUCUCCCCUCCUCGUCUCUAUUACGCCGCCGAUCGCUCUCUCUCCCCCUCCUCGUCUCUAUUACGCCGCCGAUCGCUCUCUCUCCCUCCUCGUCUCUAUUACGCCGCCGAUCGCUCUCUCUCCCCUCCUCGUCUCUAUUACGCCGCCGAUCGCUCUCUCUCCCUCCUCGUCUCUAUUACGCCGCCGAUCGCUCUCUCCCUCCUCGUCUCUAUUACGCCGCCGAUCGCUCUCUCUCUCCUCCUCGUCUCUAUUACGCCGCCGAUCGCUCUCUCUCCCUCCUCGUCUCUAUUACGCCGCCGAUCGCUCUCUCUCCUCCUCGUCUCUAUUACGCCGCCGAUCGCUCUCUCUCUCCCUCCUCGUCUCUAUUACGCCGCCGAUCGCUCUCUCCCUCCCUCCUCGUCUCUAUUACGCCGCCGAUCGCUCUCUCUCCCUCCUCGUCUCUAUUACGCGGCCGAUCGCUCUCUCUCCCUCCUCGUCUCUAUUACGCGGCCGAUCGCUCUCUCUCCUCCUCGUCUCUAUUACGCGGCCGAUCGCUCUCUCUCCUCCUCGUCUCUAUUACGCGGCCGAUCGCUCUCUCUCCCCUCCUCGCGGCCGAUCUCUCUCUCUCGCCCGAUCGCUCUCUCUCUCCCUCCUCGUCUCUAUUACGCGGCCGAUCGCUCUCUCUCUCCCUCCUCGUCUCUAUUACGCGGCCGAUCGCUCUCUCUCUCCCUCCUCGUCUCUAUUACGCGGCCGAUCGCUCUCUCUCCCUCCUCGUCUCUAUUACGCGGCCGAUCGCUCUCUCCUCGUCCCUUACGCUCGUCUCCUCGUAUUACGCGGCCGAUCGCUCUCUCUCCCCUCCUCGUCUCUAUUACGCGGCCGAUCGCUCUCUCUCCUCCUCGUCUCUAUUACGCGGCCGAUCGCUCUCUCUCCCUCCUCGUCUCUAUUACGCGGCCGAUCGCUUUCUCUCCUCCUCGUCUCUAUUACGCGGCCGAUCGCUCUCUCUCCCCUCCUCGUCUCUAUUACGCGGCGAUCGCUCUCUCUCCCUCCUCGUCUCUAUUACCGGCCGAUCGCUCUCUCUCCUCCUCGUCUCUAUUACGCGGCCGAUCGCUCUCUCUCUCCCUCCUCGUCUCUAUUACGCCGCCGAUCGCUCUCUCUCUCCCUCCUCGUCUCUAUUACGCCGCCGAUCGCUCUCUCUAUUUUUCCGUUUCUAUUACGCUGCCGCUCUCUCUCCGUCUCUAUUAUGCCGUCGAUCACUCGCUCUCUCUAUUACGCCGUCGAUCACUCGCUCUCUCUAUUACGCCGUCGAUCACUCGCUCUCUCUAUUACGCCGUCGAUCACUCGCUCUCUCUAUUCCGCCGUCGACUCAACUAA